AUGACUACAAAAAGUUAUUUCUUCAAUAUAAAUGAAUUAAAUAAUGAAGAACAAAAAAAAUUUGAUAGUGUUUAUAAUGAUUUAAAAUCACGUCAUCAAUCUUAUUUGGAAUUUAAACAUGGUUUACAAUUGAAAAAUAAAUUAGAUGAUGAUGAAGAAGAAAAUGAAUGGCGUUUUGAAUUGUAUCGAUUUCUUCGUGCUCGAAAAUGGAAUACAACACAUACAAUUAAAUCAAUUUUGGAAAUGAUUCAAUGGCGAAUUGAUAAUCGUGUAGAUUUAAUUUUAGAGGAUCAAUCUGCGAAAUAUCGAAUGGAACUUUAUCAAAAAAUGGCUCCGAGUACUUAUCAUGGACAUACCAAAGCUCAUCUACCAUUGUAUAUAGAGAAAACAGGUCAAAUCGAUGUUGACGAAAUGCUUAAUAAAUUUACAAACGACGAAUUCAUUCAAUGUCAUAUCUAUUGGCUUGAAUAUAAUUGUCAAUUAGCUCGAGAACAUGGUCGACAAUUCGGAGAACAUAUCGAAAGUAUUGCUUGUAUUUAUGAUUUGAAUGGCAUGAAAAUGGAUGUAAGAAAGUUACUCAAUCCUGGUAAACAAUGUCUCUAUAUUGAUGAUAAUUAUUAUCCAGAACGUCUAGGACAAUUAAUUGUUCUUAAUCCACCAACAAUAUUUCCUGCUCUUUGGAAUUUAGUUAAACAUUUUAUUGAUCCAGUAACGAAAAAAAAAAUUAUGAUUUUAAAAAAAGGAAAUGAAACAGCAACAACAUUAUUACAAUAUAUUGAUUCGGAUCAAUUACCAAGUGACUAUGGUGGUAGUUGCCAGUCAUGUGCAACUUCUCCAGAUUGUAUUCCUAUCCAUAAUCAAACUAAUAAAUAG